AUGGAAUCAAAUGGAACGCGCAAAGGGCCGCUGCCUGGAGGUCGCCAGGGCGCGUCUGGAGCUGGCGCUGGACGCGACAGCAUGCGAACCGCCAGCCGAGCGCGAGGUGCUGCACGACCACCCAGCAGCUCCUCGCAUCCAUCAUCCCCACCAGCUGGCUUGGUGUCGGCAGGGUCUUCGCGGGCUCAGCAAUCGGCACCCGCCACUGGUGGAGUACGCCGUAUGCGUUGGACAACCCAGAUGAACAUCAACGCAUUGCGGGCGUAUUUUAGGGCGAAAGGGGGAGAAACUGGAGGUUUUGCGUAUCGGGCAAGGAUGCAUCGACUUUUUGCUGAGCUGGAGCCAUCUGUAACCGUCACCGAGCAAAACCUGGCAGACCGAGUUCGGUAUAUCUUGCGCUCAAAUACAUUUGAUGUCACCGAACUCGAACGGCUACGACGUGAGGCUGUUCCUUCAUCGGGUGAAAAUGCUGCGGCUGAGGAUGCGGCGCCACAACUUGCUGAGCAAACGGCAAACGUGGAGGCCGCCGUGAAUACUCCAGUUGUGGUUGAUUCAAACGAUAAUGGAACAGUCGCACAGGAACUGGAACUAGAGCAAAUGAGGAGUACAUUGGAAGAGGCGAUUGUAGAAACGCGCAGUACGACUCUCGAAAAUCGACCGCGACUUCCCCGCAUAGCCCUAAGCAAGCGGAAUCGGGCUGUCGUGAGGGCUAUGAACCCAAUGCUGGUUACCUAUUUAGAAGCCAGCCGGGACCUUUGCGAGACGGACUCAAUUCUUUUUGGCGCCGCACUGGCAGUCUGCCGUAUUAUAGGUGCCAAACUUUCCACGGCUGGACGCGCUACUGGACAAAGUAGUGCUAUCCCAGCCUGGAGAAUAAGAAUUGAAGAACGUAUCGCAAAGGCUAGGGCCCUCAUCGGCAGAAUGAUAUGCUUCAGGUCAGGCAAUACCAGGCCAAGGAUUGUGCGCACCGUCAGGAUGGCGUUUGCUGGGACAAAUGUUAGUUUGUCCCAGCCGGAUAUAAUGCAAAAACUGACGGAGCGCAUAGACGACCUGAAGCAAGGAAUAGCUGCUUGGGGAAAGCGGAUUCGGCGAUAUACCGAGAGGUCGACACGGUUCAACCAGAGUCGUCUCUUCCAGAGUGAUCAGAAGAGGCUCUAUAAAUCAUUGGAGCGACCAAUAGUAAGUGGAACGGGCCCUGCACCAAAUCAGGCCGACAUGGUCGCAUUCUGGCGCAGCCUGAGGUCAGAGCCCGUAAACCACAACGAGGGCCCUUGGACGGAAGUUGUGGCGAGUCAGUGUGCGAGUAUUACGCCCAUGGACCCCGUCAUCAUAACGCCGGAUGACGUAGCUGAGGCGGUCCGUAGGGCCCCGAACUGGAAAAUUCCGGGGCUUGACGGGCUGCAUCACUACUGGCUGAAGGGGUUCAUG